AUGGCAGCAGACGACGUCGAUGCGAGUACCCUCAUGCCGCUUGAUACCCCGCCGCUGAAGGUCUCACGACCUGUGGCAGCGUGCUCAAGAUGCCGCAAUGCUAAGAUCAAGUGCGAUGGCAAGCUUCCGGCAUGUAGUUCGUGCGAGAAGACUGGCAGAGCCGCCGAGUGCACGAAUACCAAUGACGAAUUUGCCCGAGGUAAAGAACGUAGCUACGUGUCUACUCUGGAGACGAAAAUCGAACGACUCCAGGCGAGGCUGGAAGAAGCCCGGGCUCGCAAGCCUUCCGUGAUAUCCAUCCCAGAUGAUGAAACUUCCGUACCUUCUCGGCGCGAGUCCUUUAGUGUACAAGAGCCGACACCACCUGGCCCGAGUAAAGCACAGAGACGGAAUGAAGCCUCCGCCAUUGAUGAUCUCGUAUCGGACUUCGGCUAUCUAUCGGUCAAUGCCACGGCGAGAGACUUCUAUGGCUUUACGAUUGCCAUGUCCUACGCAAGACUUGUGAUGUCGGCCUGUAGCAAAGAUCCGUUUCCGCAAGGCACGACCAAGGCACUACCACCACGUUACGUUGCGACUGCAUUGAUACAGCACUACCUGGACAACGUCUUCGUGCUUUUGCCCGUCUUCCACCAGGCCACCUUAUACACGUCUGUGGACAGAGUCUAUACGCGCCAUUCGCAAGAGGCCAAGGCUCUGGAUUUCUGGAUGGUACAUAUGAUCCUGGCCAUCGCGAAUGCGUCGAACUCUGAAUCGCGAGGUGAUCAACACCAUCUUGAAGGCAUUGGUCAUGUUUGUGCUGCGCUCGAGCGUGCCGAAGAAGUGCUCCAACCUGGUGCCAUUUCGAGCGUGCAGGCGCUUGUCUUACUAACACAAUACGCCAUGCUGGACCCGCAUCAUCUGGACUCGUGGAGCUUGAUUGGUGCAGCCUCGAGAGCCAUGGUCGACCUUGGUCUACAUCAGGAUCCACCGAAAGGUGCAUCAAUGCCGAAGGCCAAGCUAGAGCUACGUCGCAGAGUGUUCUACUGUGUAUUUGCUCUCGACAGGUCGACAUCGCUCGUGCAGACUCGAGCAUUCUCGUUCUCCGACGACAGUACGAAGGUCAAGAUACCUUUCACGAAAGCUCAGGCACUUUCACAGACAUCUCCGAACCAGAAUGGCCAUUCAUCAGGAUGGCUACAGUCGUAUGAGCAUGCCCUCGAUCUCAUCUUACUUCGACAGUUGCAGUCGAUAUGGUAUACUGCGCUGUUCCAGUCGGGACGCGGGCGAUGGGAAGAGCCCUACCCUUACAUCUGGACGACCUGCGACACCCUGAGAAAGUGGUUCGACAACCUGUCAGGGUCCACAUCACAGAACAUGAGGGCGUUCUUUGAGCUCGACCUGCUCUACUCAUAUGUCUAUGUCCUCUCUCCGUCGCCACGAGUACCGGCCAUCGACCCAUUCGCCGCAAAGCUGAUCUUCGAAUACUGCAUCAAAUAUGCGGACUUGAUGCUACGACUGAUCAGCGAUCCGUCGUACACAGCGCCGAUGACUUUCUACGAUGCCAUGAGAGUCUAUAUGACAGGCAGACAGUUUCUAGAUGUGCUGAACCUUAACGCGGAAGCACUUAUUCAGGGGCAUACACCGCCACAUCCACCUGUCCGGCCGUCAGCGCCCGCGCCACCUGCACUGCCAAGAGUGUCUAUUCCACCAGGAGACAAUAUGGCUCGCUUCAACACAGCACGCAGUCUUCAUUGUAUCAAGCAAAUCACAGAGUGUCUGACCAAGUUCGGAAUGCGCUGGGGCUACAUGAGCUGGAGUCAGCGAUACCAGGCAGAGACUGCCGGCAUGCACGAAUAUCUGAACCAGAGAUUGAGAGAGAUGGAAGGGUCUGAUCCUGGCAGGAGACCAAGCAUGUGGCAUCAUGCUUCAUCCUCCGGCUCCGUGCAUAGCAAUCCCGGAAGCAUGGGUAGUAUCCAGUUCUCGCCACCCCAGGGUCUGGCGCCCGGUCCAGCGUCAUACAGACAGGGCUCAGUCACCGGCUUCAACAUGGCUGGGUUUGGAGAUUUCGGCCAGGUGCAGACUAGUCCUCCCGCACACCACUGGAGUAAUACGCCUUUCCAUCUGCAACCUGGUCAGCCCUUCGAGCCACAACAGCAAUUCUACCAGACUCCAUUCAACUUUGCCGAGCCGCCAGCUGCUGUGGACCGACAUCCCCAUGCCAACGCGCCUCCGAGCUUACAGUUCGCUGGGUGGGGUGGUUAUGGAGGGUCGUCCGGACCAGAUACUCUGGACGAGGAGAAUGCAACAGGGUCCGAGCACUUGUUUGAGAUAGCACCAUUUCCCGAGCCGCCGAGCGAUGAGAAUAUCAGUCCCUCGACGAAAGUGACGCGAGGCACGACUAUGGAAGAGGCUGUGGAGAUAGCCAAACAAGAAGUGAUCGCGCGCGACGAGGCGAAGAUGCAAGCGCCUACCAUUCAAUCGAAUGAGCAAGAGGGCGAGAGCACGCAGGCGGACAAGGGGGUUGGAAAUAGAGGUAGCAGAGAGUCGAUCAGCCAGAGAGUCCUUAGCAGUCUAUCCUUAGACAUCCCAUCUCGCCUCUCAAGGCGCCGGAAGAAGCUAGCUCUGCAGAAGCUGCCCACAAGCGCGCCUAGGCCAAAGGCUCCACCGCCUCGUCCAUCAAGAGCUAUGCCGGUCGAGCAAGCGGAUGUGCACACCCUUCAAACAGGACUUUCUCUGGGCGGUAUUGGCGUUUUGCCACGGCCUGAGGCAGAUUCGAUGGGACCGCCACCACCGCCAUUCCAGCCUAAGACGCAAGCCAGCACCGGACCUUUCACAUUCUCGAUUCCACCAACGUCUGUCCUGCCACCGCUGGAAGGCAGAGGUCCUGCGCUCCCAGCUGUGGCGUCGAGAUACGCUUCGCAGUCUUACUGUCCUGCCCCGGUCAUGGAUACGAGACGAAUAUCGAUGGUCGAGGCUGCUUGCGAGUUUGCCGAAACAUUUGAGCAGCCUCGACCACAGUACAGUCCACUUGAUCGCGUACAGUCGCCUCGCCUAAAUCGCUUUCCACGUCAAAUACGGCGUCCGGAUGGACUUUCGGAUGAGCCUAAUAUCUCAGAGAAAGCCAAGGGCAAGCAGCCUGCUUACCUAGCCCAGCGCGGGACGGAGAAGCAGAAUCAAAAUAGACCCUCCGCAACACGACAAGAAGCACAGCCAACAGAGCCAGCGCCCGGCAGAACUGCCUCCGAUCCCAUUGACCUGGUCUCUCCCAGCAUAGUUUACCCAGGCCUGACAUACACCUGGCCACCUCUAUGGCAGCCCACACCCAACACCGACUUCUCCCACUUCACCUACAUCUCCGGAGCGGGCUGGGCAUGUCAUCACUGCCAAACGGUCGUUCAAAGACGCGAAUUACAUUCCACGGAUGGCAAGCCCUGUUUUACUGCCGAACGUGGGUCGUUCAGUCGAGCGGAGCUAGAGGUGGAGCCGGAGAGUCCGCAGACGCCGACGAGGAAGUGGAGGAGGAAUCAAAAUCUUAGGGGUGGGAGAACGGGUGGUGGUGGUGGGACUGAGACGAGGGAUUUUGCGCGUCCGUGA